AUGAUCGUACAAAGAGAAGACUGUAAACUAACUCUACGAGCUUGCGAUACCAGAAGAGGAAGGCUUUUUGCGGAGAGACUAGAAAAAAAGUUAGAGAAGAAGAAGAGCCAACUGUUGCUGGAAGGUUACGUCGAGGCUGCUACGGCGCCGGAUGAUCUGACGAGCGCUAAGAGCUUGACGGAUGAUGAUCUCGAGGAGCUUAAAGGUUGUUUAGAUCUAGGGUUUGGAUUCAGCUACGAUGAUAAUAAGCAAAACCACCACAAGUCACCGGAGGUUUCUUCGGUUGAAGAGGACUCCUCGCCGCCACCACCGACCACGACCACUUUGGAGUUGUUUUUUCAGAAGACUAAUGUGAAUCAAUUGACAAUCCAAUUUUCUGAAUCGGAAGUCUAG